AAUUUAUCUCGCUUGUCUCAUCGUAUGCAAUUAAAAACAUUACACCUAGAUCUGCUCUGUUUGAGAAAUCAAAAAGCAGUAGUAUCUUCAGUCAUUUAUACACCGUAUUGGGUUAGAUUUUGACUGCAAUCAUAGACAGUCUCGACUGUGUAUAAAACACUUUAUUUUGUAAACAUUCACAAUCAUAAACAAUGCCUUGUUGUGCCGCCGUUAAUUGUAAAGAAAAGCCAAUACCAAAAUAUUUGAAUGAGGAGAAAGAAAAUGACAAAAGAAUAACAUUUCAUAAGUUUCCUGGGAGAGAUCCACAACUGUUCCAAAUAUGGUUACAUAAUCUCAGAAGGGAAGAUUUUACUCCAUCAAGAUCAUCUUCACUAUGUUCUCGACAUUUUGAGGAGAAAUAUAUACAUCGAUUAGGAGGUAAUGUGACUCUGAUGAAAGGAGCCAUUCCAACAAUAUUUGAUUAUCCAGCACAUUUACUAGAUCAUAUAAUCUACAGUAAGCCUGAACCAGAACCAGAACCUGAACCUGAAGCUGAGGCUAAUGAUUCAUUCACUGAUGACAGUUAUGAUUUAAAUGACAUUGACAGUGUAAAGAGAAAAUAUGAAGCUGAUAUUGAGAAAUUAAAGCAAAGACUAACUGUAUCUCAGGAAAAGGCAAGAAAAUUUCAAAGGAAAGCACAACAACUGGAGAAAGAAUUGAAAAGUUUACAAGAGAACAAAGAUGUAUUUCAGCCAUCUGUAAAAGUCCUUUCCAGGUCACGUCAAAUAGUCAAAAACCCAGUUUAAUUUGUGGAUAUGAAAUUUUUAUUUGAUUUUUAUAGGAAGGAAGUGCAAAACGGCGCUAGUGAGGUUGGGGAUGUUUGUUUUUAUUUCUUUUUUACUUCUUUUUUACUCAAUUGUUAAUAUUUUAUGUACGCCCACAUUACAAUGUGACAUAAUAUUGUCUUCACCCUCGUUCAUCUUUACAUCAUUCAAUCACACUUGAUUUUAAACAGGAUAGGAUUUGUAUUAAACUUGUUAUGGCUAUUAAUGAGAUCUCAGAUGAGCUCGAUUGUCGAGAUCUUUCAAUGAACUUUCAAUGAAUGGCUUGACUUAAUCUAAAGAGGAGAAUAUAAGGACAUAAAAUUUCAUUUAUUUCAUCCUUUAGCUAAGAUUUCAAAAAUUGGCUUAAGAGAUGCUUUUUUAAAGUUUAAAACCAUGUGACUCAUGAAACAUCGUGCUGUGUGGGCGUAUAGCUGUUUGGGCGUAUAGCUGUUUGGGCAACAGCUUGUUAAUUUUAGUUUAGUUUCUGUCAUUUUACACAUGUUCCUUUUAAUGACAAUAAAGAUAUGUUAAAAUAUC